AUGCCGUCAGAUUCUGGCCCUUCACAGCUACCCGGUCUUCCGGGCUUCGACCCUCAGAACAUACAGCCAUGGACUGUUGAAGUCGUCGUUUCGGUCACCCUGCUUGCGCUCAUAUCUGUCGCUUUGCGGCUCUUCAGUCGCCACACAAAGGGACAGCAGCUGUGGUGGGAUGACUACUUGAUAGUCUGGUCAAUGCUAUGGAACCUUGUUGUUGUGGGCUUCAUUUUCGCGAUGCAUUCCGCCGGGAUGGGCAUCCACGCUGACAAGGUCGAGAUGGACAGCAUCGUCCUGAUGGCAAAAUAUCUCGUGGUGGCAGAGAUUCUCUACGCCUGGAAUCUGGGGUGGACUAAACUAAGCUUGAUGUUGAUGUACUAUCGCAUCUUCCACAUCCCUUUCUUCAAGAAGAUGAUGUGGUUUGUUAUCACUUUCGUCUUCGCCUGGGUCAUUUGCAUUACUUUCCUCUUCAUCUUUAUCUGCGUUCCUGUUGAGAAGCUCUGGUACCCCGAUAUUCCAGGCAGAUGCAUCAACCAAGUGGCGACAUGGAUCGCCAACGCGGCCUCGACUAUCUUCACCGAUCUGCUCAUUCUACUUCUUCCUCUCCCGCAAGUCUGGAAGUUGCAGUUGCGAUACGCGGAGAAGAUCGCCCUGACCUUCGCCUUUGGCCUCGGGUUUUUUGUUGUCUUCACCUCAGCCUACCGAACCAGUGUCCUCUUCACCUACAGCGCGUCCGACCCAACCUAUACCCUUGCCCCGACUGUCGGCUGGACCGCCAUCGAAAUGUCUGCCGGUAUCGUCUCCGCCUGUCUGCCUACCAUUCGUCCGGCUAUGCAACGUAUUGCCCGUGCUUGUGGUAUUAAGGGCAACAUGGGUGGUAUGUUCCGCAGCCCGACAGCUCUAGGACUUGGCUCUAGCCGAAACAAGUCCAACUUUAGCAACGGAAUGUCGUCACAGGAUCCGAACGGCGGUUCUCAGGUUACGCGUAACCUCUCGACAACGAAGCAUGGAGCCGGCCAAGAUACAUUUUACCGCCUGUCAGAUGACAACGGAUCCGAAGGCGCAAGCCGCCAAACCACGCCCCCACUGGCUGAGUCGAAGUUGAGGCCCGACAUAACUGGAUUCGGAUACUCUGUCACGAGUUAUCCAAUCAAGGAAAGCCAAAACAAGAGCGAAGACGAAAUUCCACUCCAUGCCAUCCGCGUGCAGAAGGAUUUCAAGCGUACGGCAGAAUGA